AUGGAUCCAGCUGAAGACACAGAUGAGGAUGGACUUCUGGACUACGACGUUCAGAUGAUCAUCCAGGAGUCAUGUCAGAUGAAUCAGCUGACAACACCCUGCAGGAAUGAAUAUCAGAAGCUGGUGGAGGUCAUCAAACAAGGUGAUGUGUUGGCUCUGCAGGAGCUCUGUGAUUUCCCAGCAGCCUUCGGUCAGGUAGACAAGCAUGGCUGGUAUCCACUACACUGGGCUGCAGUUCAACCUCUGGUCCCGGUCCUGGAGACGGUGCUGUACGCAUCUUUCAGGCUGACGCUAGAGGAACAAACAUUGGAGGGUGAGACCUUCUUGACAUCAGCAGUGAAAGCUGGAUUGGUGGAAAAUGUAAAGAUGCUGUUGGAACAUGGAGCCUCUCCUAACACCACCAACGCCAAGAAGGAAUCUCCUCUGCUUUUAGCAGUCAGAUCUGGAUGUCAGCAGAUGGUUUCCGCCCUGUUAGUGAGAGGAGCUCGGGUGGGGCAAAUUUGUCUGAAGAAAUGGACGGCGAUGCAUGAGGCCUCCAAGGCUGGCUGUGUCCACAUCAUGGAGCUCCUGCUGAAUAGAGGAGGUCAGGUGGCAGAGACGGACCAACAUGGUGUGACUCCUCUGGGCAUCGCUGCAGAAUACAGCCACCCUGAAGUCCUGGAGCUUCUCAUCAAACACGGAGCUGAUGUGAACGCUCAGGCACCAAAUGGAGACAGCGUCUUGUACGAUGCUGCAGGUUCCGGGAAUCCAGACUGUAUCAACAUCUUGCUGCAGCACGGAGCAAACCCCAACAUCCACAACUUGAGCUUCCAGCUGCCCAUCCAUCGAGCAGCGUAUGAAGGACACUACCUAGCCUUGAGGAUUUUGAUCCCGAUCACCACUCGCCGGGCUCUGCGACUGUCUGGACAGAGUCCAGUCCACUCUGCUGCUGACGGAGGCCACACCCACUGCCUGGAGCUUCUACUGCAGGAUGGUUUUGAUGCCAACGCACUGUUAGCUCCUCACAUCUCUGACAACUAUGGAGACAUGAGGAGAAGCCCACUCUACUUUGCUGUUUCCAACGGUGACACAGCCAGCACAGAAUUACUGCUGAAGUCAGGGGCCAAACCUGACCUGGACCCGCUGCGCUGCCUCCUGGUGGCGGUCAGGUCCGGACGCUAUGAGAUUGUGAAGCUGCUGCUGACAGCCAAAGCAGAUGUGAACUGUUACUUUACAGCCAUUAACAACACAGUGUUUCCUACAGCGCUCUUGUACUGCCUGAAGGAUGAGGUGAUGAUGAGAAUGCUACUCAACAAUGGAUACAGCGCAGAAAAUUGUUUCUGUUGUUACCACGACGAUGACUGGGAUGACCCAAAUGACUCUAUUUACUCUAAAAGUCAAGAGGAAAAAGCUGCUUUCUGUGAUUUCAUCAGUGUUUCUUGGCUGGCGAGCCUGGCAGGCCGAGUUGUGUCGAUCCUCCUUGAAUAUGUCGGUCAGGUUUCUCUCUGCGGUAAACUGACAAACAUCUUGGAAAAACACAAGGAGUGGCCCCACAUCCACACAACCAUAUAUAACCCUCGAUCUCUGUCGCACCUGAGCCGAGUGGUGAUCAGGAGACACUUGUGCUACAGCCGCUUGGCGUCCGUCGAACUGCCCAACAGGCUGAAGGACUACCUGCUGUUCAAAGACAAGGAUCUGUACGCCAAAAUCGUCUGCAAAGAGGACUGAGGGAAGGCGUUUUAAUCUGACAUACCGAGUCUUAAACACCAGUAAAGUCUUGUCUGUGUCCUACUAUGUGACUGGUCUGUGCUGUAUCAGGGGUUUCUGCUGUGUUAAUGGGCAUUAAUGAAGUAUAUCAUCAUUACAGUGUAACCUCAGUGUGUUUCAGGUGUUAAAGUGUGGACUCAGUAAGAGAGUGAGUGAGACCAGGGUUAUACAUUAUUAGAAUAUUUCACACAAAAGCCAGCAUUUAUUAUUACAGUCACUUUUUGGUCUUUGUUUUUUUUAAAGUGCUCUUAUACUAGUCAAUAAAAUCCACCACUUAGAGAUAUAGGAUGUUGGAGGAAAAGAGAUCUGAUUACUUGUGAAUAUAUUUGUAUAUUUCAUUAAACUUCUGUAUAAUUAUGAUA